AUGGAGACCGACGGCUCGGACCUUGAACCGCCGCUUCUGGCAAGCCGCUUGAAGUUCCCGCACAUCCCCGCAGCCGUGGCCGUGGUUCCCUAUGGAGUCCUCGGCGUGCAGCUGGACGUUUCACAUCAUGUUGUGCCGGUGGCACGAGCGCCUGCUGCAGAUACGGUUGUGGUUGAUCCGGCUGGGCUGCGAUUCAUUCAAAACCUCGGGCCAGCAGGUGCAGGGGGGGCAUCGGGUGCAAUCUAUUCAUGGCUGAAGAUUGGAUUGGAUGCGCGCUUUCCGCACGAUGUGAGGCAGACCGUUCUGCAGGAAGGCGAUGCUAAAAUACACAGGUACGGUCAAAAGCAGGUCAUCCAUGUUGUGGGCCCAGAUCUUGGUGUCAUGUCUGCGUCCACUCCCGCCACGCGUGCAAGCGCAGUGGACAAGCUUACUGUCGCGUAUAGGCACAUUCUGGAAGAAUUCGUUUCCUCCGAAUCCCCACGACUUCGUUUGCUGCCAGUGUCCGGGGGCAUUUUCGCAGGACCGUUUCAAAAGGAUUUGCCUGCCAUGACAUUUGCCUCCUUGGAUGGUGCAUUUCGAUCCUUGCCUCCGGCGAGUCAGAGACGUCUACUGCGCACUGGGACGAAGAUCAGCCUUUGUAUCUUCGACCAGCGGCAACUCGAGGAGUUUCAGGCAAUGAUAAUGUCUGCGUGCGAAUGCUUCGAGGAAGAAGAGGUCGAAGGAGAGGGACGACCCCUCAACUGGACCUACGUGGGUGAAGGAAGAGGCAACUGGGCACAAAGCAAACAGCUCGAGUUUGUUGGGGAAGGCAAAGGUGACUUCAUCAAGGAGCGUGUCCCUUCGUCGAGGGGGAGCUGCAGGACUUUUUUCGGCUUUGGUGGCUGCAUUUGCUUGUUCUUUCUGGUCCCGCUGCUGCUUUGGUUGCUGUUCUUCAGAACUCACCACUCCACGCCGGGUGCAGACGUGCCCUUCCAGCCAGUGCGGAUCUGUCAGUAUCCGGCUUCGGGUCCGGAGGCCGCAGGAGCCGCGCUCAUUCUCGAGUCGUGGGCGGCACUCGAUGUGGAUGCUGACGGCUACCUGCCGCUCUCCAGCCUUCCGCUGUGGCAUUCUGAGAACCUGUUCUCUGGCGCAGCGAUCGGUGCCCUGAACCAAACAGACGCCGCGAUGAUGGAUAACGACGCUUACGUGCAGGCGAUGCUAGUGGGAGGUCCUGGAACACCGGACCCAGACCGAUGGUGCAAUGGAGCCUGGAUCCUCGCAGACAAGAAUGGGGACCAGCUGGUUACCAAGUCGGAACUCGGAACCCUGCAGCGAGAUGGGUCGUUCAAGGACAGUCUCGGGCAACAGCUCUUCACUGCCGAUGGAAACGGCGAUGGCGCGCUGACGCGUUCCGAGUUCCAGACUGGCCUUGCCACUGUUGCCAGCACCGCAUCCAGUGACAUCGGAACUCUUUUCCAGGAGGUGCGUUCAAAGUACUGGCUUACAACAAAGCGCCAGUAUUGCUGCAACAUGCAGGGCAUCUGCUCCUUCGAGGGGCCGCCGGUGACACCUACGACAGAAACAACCACAGAGGGCCCAUCAUACGAUUGUCAUGAAGACUAUGACAACAGACUGAGCUGGCCGGAGCAUAAGCGAGCGUGGUGCUGUGCACGCUAUCAUGUGGCUUGCUUCCAUGCUCCGACAGAGCUGUACCACUGCGACCAUGGAUAUGGUUCCUGGCAAACGACGUGGUCCCCCCACAAAAAGGCCUGGUGUUGCUUCCACCUUGGCAAAGGCUGCGACUUCCAUUACGGCCACUCUCACACUCACUACUACGUCGUCCACCACGCAGCCUACGAUUGCCAAGCAGGACUAUCCAACUGGAAGGCUGGCUGGUCGGAGGACAAGAAGUCAUGGUGCUGUCAGCACGAAGGGACUGGAUGCGUUGCUCAAUUCGACUGUCACGCUGGCCUCGCUAACUGGGAAGCUGGCUGGUCGCCACACAAGAAGUUAUGGUGCUGUUCUCACUUCAGUCUUGGCUGCGCGGAAUCCACGCCCAAGCCCUUCGACUGCUUGGCCGGGCUCUCCAAUUGGCAGGCAGGGUGGUCGCCCGAGAAGAAGUCUUGGUGCUGUGCUCACGAGGACAAGGGAUGCGAGAGCGGGGCAGAGCUAUCAGACCUAUCACUAGACGACGGCGAGCACCCGGCUGGGCUGCAGAAGCGCAAGGGUGUGUCUGCUCGCAUGCCCGAAGCACGGGUCUCUGUGUUCUUCGAGCACCGCCGCUGUCCAAGACACUGCGGAGCACUCUUCACUGGCAAGGAAGCAGCACGACAUUUAGCUCACGAGUGUCCAAAUCGGGAGGAGAUUUGUCCAUAUGGGUGUGGUGACCGACUGUUUGGACAUGAAAUUGACGACGGUGGAGAACAUCCGCCUGAGUGUCCAAUGAACUUGGCGCUGGUGAAAGUGGAAGCUGCCCUUGAAGCGUCUGCAGUGAAGGAGUAUCGACUUGCACUGGAGAAUGUCUAUGUCGAGCGUGACCGGGCACGAGCACGCUUCAAAGCUCGCGGCGAGCGAGAUCCCGGUCCUGUGUUCACGACUCCUCAAUGCCAGCAGCGAGUCCGAAGAGUGGAAGCCGAGGGCCUGAAUUUGCUCACCCGAGCCCGGAGAGCCUCCAAGGAGAAGCUUCAGUGGGUCAUUGCUUUGGCAGCUUUGGGGCCGGGGGAUGGCACGGCUUCAUCGCAAGUGCCUCCGGGUGCAGCAAGAUAUUGGGACACCAUGGAUGUCAGCAAGGAGUACACGCGCUCCUCGCGUCCCUGGGACAUGAGUGCGCCUAUUCUCGAUCCACUGCUGCAAACCUUGCAAGAUGCGAGGAUUUGUGGUGCGGACAGCAAGCUUCGGCGAAAAGCAGAGGCUCUUCUGUUUAUGGCAGUCCGCCGGUGCCUGGAGGCGGCAUUGGUGACAGAAGUGAGCAGAGGUGAUGCUGUGCGCGAGUCCCUGCUCAUUGCUGAUGAAGCCAUGGAGGUCUGCGAACUGGAGGAUUGCGGAGACUUGCGCGACCUCUGCGCCCUGGCCGAGAAGGAGGUGCUGCGAACGACCCUGAGAAGCCUCCAGACCACGUGCAAGGAAUUCCACCAGGCGGUGAAGGAUGGUGACAUCGAGCUUGCCAAGUGGCUGCUGGACAGAGAGAAGGCAAAUCCUUCUAUCACCGACCCGGAGACGGGCAUUCCGCCUUUGGUGAUGGCUGUCAAGGCCGGAGACAUUGCCAUGUGCGAGCUGCUUCUGGAUCGCGGUGCCGACGUCGAUGCGCGCUGCAGCUCGGACGGUACGUCCUCCCUACACUGGGCCUGCCAUAGCCGGACGUUCCGCGUUGUCAAGCUUCUGCUAGAACGGCGCGCCAAUCCGCGACUCCAGGACAAGCGCGGGCACGAUCCACUUGUGAAGUUGGUCAGGAGAGACUUCUCCAGUCCAGCAGAUGCCUGCGUCCUUUCAUGGCAGAAGCAAGAUUCUCACCGCUUGGCUGGCCCCGAGCUCGAGCGCAGCCCUCGGCCCUCCGUGAAGUGGCAGCAGAGAGUUGUGAUUGCGUGGGCUUCUCUGUCCACGAGCUGGUUCCUGGGGCAGAAUGGUCUGAGGAGUGUUUCCACAUCACGAUGCACGGUCCUGGAUGCGCGUCUGCCAUUCCAAGCAAUGUGGCAACGACAGAGGACGAGGCCUCGGAUCUCGUGUGGUCGCAUCUGGAUGUCGCAUGGACUUCCUUCCUCAAGGUCAAGAACGACCCAGCCCAUGAUGUCUCUGCACUUCUUGCAGUGGGGGCAGAUCCCUGCUCAGAGGCGCUACCGCUACCGAAUUCCGGAAUGCACACGACAGCACCCGGUGGUGGCUGUGCUGCAUGCGUCUCUGCGCUACUUCGAGGCACGUGGUGCCGAUGUGAACCACCGAGACAUCGGUCGUCAAGCCACACCCUUCAUCCUCGCCAUCCAGACCAAGCGGACGGACUUGGUUCGCUUGAUGCUCAAGUGUGCAUGGCCAACUCCCGAUGUGGACAGCAAGGCUCCAGAUGGCACCUGUGCCCUGGCUCUGGCAACAGCUCUCGGGGCUCGGGAGAUUGCGGACAUGCUCCGAAAGGCGGGUGCUUCUGAUUGGGCCGAUGCAGAGCUCAGAUUGGGCAGCAGGACCAUCUUCACAUUCGACACCAGAAGCCCUCCAGUGAACAAUUGA